UGUUGACAUUUCAUCACAAACAUAUUAAUCAAGCGUCUAUGUAUAAAUAAUGGAAUCUGCCAGCAAUUAUAAGGAAUAAGUAAUACAUAAUUCGUGCGGGUGUUCGUGUUACAUCAUGUUCACCUUAAUUUUGUUUUCUUGUCUAAUUUUUGAAUUGACAACAGCGCUGACUCCACCAGAGUGCGCUCACGUUUUGUGUGCUGUACCUACUUGUAAAUAUGGUACUAUAAUUCUACCAGAUAAGUGCUGUCCGAUCUGCAAAGGGCAAGACAAGCCGGGAAAAUGUCCGAUCUUCAAUCGUUUUGGCAUCUGUCUUGUGAGACACCCAUAUUGUUUGGUGGAUAGUCAAUGUCCAUCUAAUCUAAAAUGUUGUAGCGUGGGAUGUGGUAGACAAUGUGUACAGCCAAUACUAGAUCAGACAUGUCCUAAUGGACAGAGUGGAAUUUGUGGAACAAUCGCUGGUCGUACAUGUCCAAGUGGCACAACUUGUAUGUUCAAGGGAAAUUAUCCUGAUGCAAGUGGAAAGUGUUGUAUCAAUAAUCCAAAGCCAUUAACAGCAUGCACAUUACCGCUAAAAGUUGGCCCGUGCAGAGGCAACAAUCCAAGAUAUUUUUACAAUGCAUCUUCAUGUAGAUGUGAAAGAUUCAGUUGGGGAGGUUGUGAAGCCAACGCAAAUAAUUUUAAUGACAUCGCUCAUUGCCAGGCAUCGUGCGAGGUUCCUAUGAAAUCUAACCCUGUCUGUGCAUUGCCUAAACCAGUAACAUACUGUAAAACAAACUGGAAUCUUGAUAGAUGGUACUUUAAUAGUAAAACCUGUAGGUGCGAGCCAUUUAAGUGGAAUGGCUGUGGUAACGCAAACAAUUUUCUCACUAAAGAGUGGUGUAACGUUAAUUGCGGAUGUUUUCAAUGCAACAUCCAGACUGACAUUUGCGAUUUACCGAUCAAACCAAAUGGUGGAGGACCUACAGUUUGUCUCGCUUACAUACCUAGUUACGGAUAUAAUAUGAAUACAUGCCGAUGUGAAAAAUUCAUAUACAGUGGAUGCGGUGGCAACGCUAACCGCUUUAGUACAAUGGUAGAGUGUGAGAGGCGUUGUGGUGACAACAAUUGUUAUACAAAAGUCUUCUGCAAUCUGCAAGCCGAUGUGGGCCGGUGUGAUGACAAGAUAACACGUUAUGCAUACAACACAAAAACAUGUCAAUGUGAAAAGUUCAUCUGGGGAGGUUGUGGAGGAAACACUAACAACUUUAAAACAAUAGAAGAAUGUCUAAAUUCUUGCGGCGGUUAUAACAAAUGCGAGGAACCAACUUCAACCUGCCUUUUGCCAAAAGAUGUUGGUCCAUGUGAAGCGAGAACGUUGCGUUAUUAUUACGAUAAAAUCGACUGUAAAUGUAAAUCAUUUUUGUAUGGUGGCUGUGGUGGAAAUAAAAAUAAUUUUCUUAACAUUGCCACAUGUCGCAGAGUCUGUGGUAAAGAAAAAUGUCACAUUUGCAAUCUAAAGCCAGACACAGGACCUUGCAGAAGUUAUGUAAAACGUUUCUUCUUCAAUAUGGAGACAUGCCAAUGUGAGGAGUUUAUAUACGGUGGUUGUGGUGGUAACGGGAACAAUUAUAUCACAAAGAAGGAAUGUGAAGAGUUAUGUGGGGAUUCUCCUUGUCAAAGUCAAAGUGCAUGUUUAGAAUCUAAGAAAGUCGGACCAUGUAAAGCAGCCAUUAAGCGAUUCUAUUACAACCCAUUGAAGAACAAAUGUCAACAGUUUACGUGGGGUGGCUGUGAGGCGAAUGGAAAUAACUUUCUUUCAAUGAAAACAUGUAAUAAAGUAUGUAAGAAAGCCGUUUGUACACUCCCUGUAAAGGUUGGUCCUUGCAAAGGUCAUAAGAAAAGAUAUUACUACAACAACACGACGAGAAGUUGUCAGAUGUUUAUUUGGGGCGGGUGUGAAUCGAAUGGAAAUAAUUUCAAGUCGUUCAAGGCUUGCAAAAAGGCAUGCAUGUAAAAUUGAUGAACACAGACCUCCUUAAAACUGAGAAAACUGUGUAUGAGAUAAUAAAAUUCUCGAACAUAAGUAAUAUUAGCGUUGAUGUUUUGUUUUAAAAAUAGUUAACUAAACAAUAUCGAAUAAAUGUAAUGAUGUGAUUGUAAACGACGAACAACAUACAAGCUCAAAAGCAU